AGUGAAGACAAAUCCAGAGAAGAGGGUGAAACUACAGCUCAAAGAAAAUGAAUGGAACACUGGAUCACCCGGACCAACCUGACCUUGACGCCAUCAAGAUGUUUGUGGGUCAGGUUCCUAGGAGCUGGUCUGAAAAAGAUCUGAGGGAACUAUUUGAACAGUAUGGUGCUGUCUAUGAAAUCAAUGUCCUGAGGGAUAGGAGCCAAAAUCCUCCCCAGAGCAAAGGGUGCUGUUUUGUUACGUUUUACACCCGGAAAGCCGCACUAGAAGCACAGAAUGCUCUUCACAAUAUGAAGAUCCUCCCAGGGAUGCAUCAUCCUAUACAGAUGAAACCUGCAGACAGUGAAAAAAACAAUGCAGUGGAAGACAGGAAGCUGUUUAUUGGUAUGAUUUCCAAGAAGUGCAAUGAAAACGAUAUCCGGGUCAUGUUCUCUUCCUUCGGACAGAUUGAAGAGUGCAGAAUAUUACGAGGUCCUGAUGGUCUGAGCCGAGGUUGUGCAUUUGUGACAUUUACAACACGAGCCAUGGCACAGACAGCCAUCAAGGCGAUGCAUCAAGCACAGACAAUGGAGGGCUGCUCCUCUCCCAUCGUGGUGAAGUUUGCAGACACCCAGAAGGACAAAGAACAGAAACGCAUGGCCCAGCAGCUGCAGCAGCAGAUGCAGCAGAUCAGUGCCGCAUCUGUGUGGGGGAAUCUCGCUGGGCUGAACACUCUGGGACCCCAGUACUUAGCACUUUAUUUGCAGCUCCUUCAGCAGACUGCCUCUUCUGGGAACCUCAACACCCUGGGCAGCCUCCACCCAAUGGGAGGACUAAAUGCAAUGCAGUUACAGAAUUUGGCUGCAUUGGCAGCGGCUGCUAGCGCAGCUCAGAACACACCAAGUGGUACCAAUGCUCUCACGACAUCUAGCAGUCCUCUCAGUGUCCUCACCAGUUCAGCAGGGUCCUCCCCAAGCUCCAGUAGCAGCAACUCUGUUAAUCCAAUGGCUUCCCUCGGAGCCCUACAGACGCUGGCUGGAGCAACUGCAGGCCUCAACGUCGGCUCCUUAGCAGGGAUGGCUGCCUUAAAUGGCGGCCUGGGCAGUGGUGGUCUUUCUAAUGGCACUGGAAGUACGAUGGAGGCACUCACGCAGGCCUACUCUGGAAUCCAGCAGUAUGCUGCCGCUGCACUCCCAACACUCUACAACCAGAACCUGUUGACACAACAGAACAUCGGUGCUGCCGGAAGUCAGAAGGAAGGUCCAGAGGGAGCCAACCUGUUCAUCUACCACCUGCCCCAGGAGUUUGGAGAUCAGGACCUGCUACAGAUGUUCAUGCCUUUUGGAAAUGUUGUUUCUGCCAAGGUUUUCAUCGACAAGCAGACAAACCUGAGCAAGUGUUUUGGGUUUGUAAGCUAUGACAAUCCUGUUUCAGCGCAGGCUGCCAUCCAAUCAAUGAACGGCUUUCAGAUUGGCAUGAAACGACUGAAAGUGCAGCUCAAACGCUCCAAGAAUGACAGCAAGCCCUACUGAGCAUUCUCCCUUCUGGGACUGGAGUGAGAGGGUCUUCUGGUAAGUGGGGGAAGAAGCGCCCGCCCUUAGUGAUUCGAAGCCCAAAGGCUGCGUGUUGGCAGCCCUGGACCCUGACCCCGCCACUCUCGCUGGCACCUCUUGCCCUGAAGACUCGGCUGCUGCCUCCUGUGGGAGUUCAGCUUCGUGCGGAGGACGAGUUUGUGCUUUGUUUGGUUUCCAGUGUUUUACUUUGGAGUUUAGGUGCCAUAUCGCGGAGAUUUUUUUUUCUUCAUUUAAAGUUUGCUGUGUUUGUAAACAGUGUGUGUGUUGAGAAGGACCAACACCAGACCGCCUUGGGGUGGGAGGGAGGAGGGGAAGGAGCUCCAGAGAGCAAGGACAUAUUGCCCUGGGGACAGGCACGGAGAGGCAGGGAAAAUAGCACUGACUCUGGACAUCAAGGGUCCCAGAGCUCCUCCUCUCUCAGGGGCUGUCUGCAGGACUGGCUGCUUAGAGCAAAACAAAACAGAAACAAAAAACAGCUUCAGAGAUUCUUGCCAUCCAUAUUUAGAACCUUGUCUUUUUGCCCCUCUUUGAAAAAGGAGCUAGCAAGAUUCUGAGAAUAAAGCGCCUGCUAACUUAGCUAGAAAUGUGCAUCAGAGAAGCAGACGUUAUCAGUUAGCAGCUUUCAUCACAGUUGGAUCCACUGAAAUAGAUCUGGAUGCCUAGUGCCCUUGCUGGAUAGGACUAGACUUAAAAAAACAGCGUUCUAUGGUCCCUCCUUUUUAACACACUAAAAAGUGUCCAUAGCCAAUUUUACAUGAGCUUCAGUAAGGAAGGGGAUAGUUUAAAGUGGGCCAGCCACCUGAUGUUUUCAUAAUUCUGUCCACUGAAUUUUUGAAAAAAGAGAAUCUCCUUCUGUCUUAUCCUAAGUGUUCACUGAGGCCAAUUUCUAGCUGAAAGGACAGCCAACCAGGAGCAUCUUAUCUACUGGCCAGAGUAAAUCAUUGGCCCUAAUUGUUUGGUGUCCCCUUCCUCGUGCACCAGAGCAGACGGCUGGUCCCUGCAACCUUGUGUCCUGCUUCUGACCAGAGCCAGUACUUAGUAUUUAAGAAGGAUGAGAAAUCUGCAUUUACACAGGGUCAGAUUUUCCAUAGUAUUUCCAUGGAUGUUGGUGGCAGCCAGACCCAGGUCUUGGACUUUUCUGAGGAACCAUUGUGGGUCCUUGCUUAAACCAUCAACACCCCACCUUCAUUGGUGGCAGAACGUUUACACUCUCUACAUAGUAUUCAUUUCAUUUACCUCAAUUUUUAUCUUGUCCAUUUCAUGUCCUUUGUGCUGACCCCCUGCAAGUUAGCAUCUGAGCUGCCUCUUACCCCAUCUCAUUCCUUCCCUGGGCCUGUAACCAUGAGCAGCCCCAGGCUCUGCCUCUUCUCCACAAGGUGGGGUUGUUAGCUGAGCCUGAGAAAGGAAACGCUCUUCAGAAUGUGUGCAUUGCAGGGGCACUUGUGUUACUAUUCGGGGUGAGUGUUGGCCCGCUCUUGGGACUGGAACUCUGGGUUCUUAACCUUCAGAAGUACUAGCCUUGAACCAUAGCAUCCACUAUCAGCAGGAAGUCAGGUGGGGGGCCUUCUCUGUUCCAUACUGGCUGUAGGGAUGGCUGGUGAAAAGUCAGUCUUGCUGUUUUCCACAUAGUGGGUGGAUCUGUUCCAUUAAUGGGCGAAUACCUGCUACUUUCUCCAAGUGAUAAUGUGGGUCUGUGUCCUUUAGGGAAGCACAUAAUGUACACCUCUUAGGCUGAACCAUGUAAACUUGAAUUCUGUGCACUGGGAGAAAUGUGUCCUGGUUUUCAGAGGAGAAAACUGUUCCAAAGGCUUCCAGGUUCAUGGUGGGAUUUUUUUUUUAAUAAAGAAAAAAAUAAUAAAAAGAGAAAAAAACGCAAGGUUGGGGGGCACUGUUCUGAAUCCCUACCUGCUGGAACCGAGAAUGUCAUUUCUAUUUUUAUAGAAGUUUUAUACAGCUCCAGGGUGGAGAAUAUUUAUUAACUAAAUUAUAUCUCUGGAAAAGGCCAGGAUUUUGUAGAAUCCAGAAUGUGAUUGUUUUACACACACAGGAUGCUGUGUAUUAUUGAAACUACUGACUUUCAGUGGCCCAUUUGCAGCCUGACUAGCCCGCCAGAGGGGCAGAGGAUUGAUGCUGUGACUUGGUAGAGAGGAGAGACCUGUGCUCCACAGAGCGCUGCACUUAUCAUGACUUCCCUCUCUGCUUCCCUCCAUUGUUGCCACCAUCCUGCAAUGCGUUACCCAAAGCCUUCUUGCCACAAGGGCUCAUUUGCCCUUCUCCCCCAAUGUUUCACCAGCAUCCAGUCUCAUGGGGCCAGCCUCUCCAGAUCUGAGACCCCCAAAGGUGGAUAUGAUCCCCCUUUCAGUGUUGGGAUCUGUAUCCAGUUGCAAGCUUAUGUUGAAGGGCUGUGAUCCCCGAAGAGGGAAGGCCAGGGUGUGAGGCAACUGGAAGCUGAGGCCCGCAGCUCUCUGAGCUGUCCCCUUGGCCCUCCUUUGUCCCCCAGUCAGGCUUUGCUGUUAACCAGCCUGGAGCACAGCUCUCUCCUCAGGCCAGAAAUGGGUUUUGUGGAAAAGCUGCUCCGUGUUGGCGGAAAGGCUUGGCCCAGCACCAAGCGAGAACUUGCAGUCAAGUCUUAAGUGGCCCUUUCACUCCCAUUGUGUCGUCUGCUGUAAUCUGUUUCUCAGUUACAUCAUGAAGUGAGUUUGUCUUGGAAGCAGCCAGACCUCCAACCUCCCUAAGACUGGGCCAGGCCCAAAAGGAAGCCGAGAGCUUGGAUUUCCCAAACGGAGCAGUUUGGGAAGAGGGCUUGUGAGCAUUGCCAGCGUCCAGCUGUCAGGGCACUUCUCACCAGGACGCCUCCUGCUUUUUUCUGGGGCUCAUAACAUAGUCCAGCGGGGGGCAUAGGGGUGGGGAGGAGUGGAUGAUUUGACCCAUGCAUUGGGUCUGGUCAAGUCUGCCGAGAAAUGUCAAAGGAAAUCCAGGCCUUGGUUUCUGUUUUGCCCCUGGCAGUCUGAUGUCUUCUUGGUGUCCUCCGUGUACUUUGACUUUCCCCUGUGUCCAUCGUUAGCAUGUGCGAAAGUUCCCUGUCACUUGCCUCCCCCAGAAGGCCUCCUUUGUUUCAGGGCUGUACACACAUUGAGUGUCCCUGUUUUCUCUCUCUUUGUUUGGACGUAUUGCUCUGUGUAACUCAGUGGGUCUCCCUCUUUCUGGUUUGUUUUUUUCUAGAUUCCUGCCGUUUGUUCAUCGUUGUGCCUAAAGCAUGUCGAUGUGGCGUCAAGUACAUCGUCCAAAUCCUUGUCUCUUCAGCUUCUCUGAUGCUUGAACUCUCACCUUUGACCUUGUGUUGACCUUUGAUGCUGAUGUGUAUUUUUUAUUAUGUUUGUUUCUUUCUUUGUUUUUCUUUAAUUUUUUUUGUGCUGCCAAAUUGGUUUUGCUAGAACGACUGCUGAAGGGGAAAUAUUUAAACUUGCAUUUGAAUAUAAAAAAAUCUAUUUUUCUAGAACUUCAUAAGAUAACCACUUGAUUUUGUGAUUCCAAUUCUUUGUAAUUGUCUUCAGAGCAGCCCUACUAGCACAUGCCGUGUGGUGUUUGUAUUUCUGUGAACACACAGCCAGUCCGUUUCGAGGCUUUGUUUUUCUGUGUGCUUAGUUUUAAAGCAAAACUUUGAAGCAAACAAUGAAAUAAAAGACGUCACUAAACCUUUGAGGCUCCUGAGCACAUUUUGCUGAUCUAGUUUCUGGGGCUUGAGGAGACAGCAUGUAUUUUUUUUUCUUGAGUUCUUAACUGCAGAAAACACUUGAACUCCCUUUUCUGUGUUGACAGCAGGCAGCCUUCUGGCCUUCCUGCACCUCUUCUUUGUUCUCUCUUCCCCCCCCCACCUUGGUUCUCCGCCUCCAUCUUUGGUGAACCUUUGGAUCCACAUUGAUGUCCUGUUUCAUUAACUCCCAUGCUUGUUUCUACAAUCUCCUCAGCAAAAUGUGAUGCUUUGGUUUUCCUUUCCAACUCAGAUAAUGCCCAGAAAACCCACGUUUUGCAUGUUUCCUGCUGUUUUCUUCACACCUUCGUAUAUAUCACCUUCACCUCUCUGUUUUCUAUAGUUUGUGCAAAAACUGACUGAUUUAAAGGGUUUCAAAGAAGCUGUUUCAAAUUGUUGUGGGGUUGAUUUUUUUUUCUAGAUUGUUUUUUUAUUUUUGAUGUGGCAAAUUUCUCCUCGGUUGCCCAUAAGAUUGCUUGCCUGUGCGCUUGGACUGUCUCCUGAUUUGGCCUCCAGGCCUGGGAGGGAGCUUCUGGGAGGCUGGUUGUACACUGGUCAGGUAGAAAUCUGAGUAUAGGGGAAGACCUAAGGAUAUAUGGAAAGGGGAAAAGAGAUGGGAAUCCAGAAGGUGGCUGUGGGUGGGACACUUAACAGCAACAUUUCUUUGAAAAAUCCCCUCACACAGAGACCUCCUUAGGAAGUUUGUGCCUUUCAUUGACUUCCUGAUCCUUUGAGAGACUGUGAGCCCCAUUUACCCUCCAAGGAAAGUUCCGUUUUUUGACUCUCUGUUGGAAAGAGCCUGUAACCCUGCUGGUAAUGCAAGUACCAGCUCUUUUCCUAGGUGACAAGCACAACACCAGUCUGCCUGCUGUUUACAGACCUUGGGCACUUCCCCGGAUCUUCCACACUCCCUGUCUCCCUUCCCCUGGAGGAAGAGCCAGCAGCUGUUCUCCCUGCCCUUCAUAGGGGCCACUUUCCCCAGUCUCCCGGGAUUCAUUGGACAACCCAUUUCAAUAAAAGGUUGAAUUGCGUAGAAGUGAGGUCUGGUCAUUAAGAAGUGGAAGGGUAAAGAGAAGGAUUGAGGAAUGACCAGUUGGUUGAAGAUGGAAAUUAUAUAAAGGAGUGAGUGUAAGGAUGGCACCCAGACAUGCCAGAGCCUUCUGGGGGCCAUGGGGAGAUAAAGUGUCCUGAUUCUCCAGGACUUGGGGGACAGAUACUGAAAGGCCUAGAAGGAAACAUUCGGUGCCGCUGGAAAGGCCUGAAGGAGCAAGUCCCAGCAGUAUUCCAGUUCUGGGUGUCGGCAUCUUGGGGAGUGCUACCCUGUAGUAAGCAGGAAGGGGAGAGGCGGGCAAACAGAAGGGGGUUUGCAUGGAAAAAGGCCAGAAGCGCCCUGAUCCUCGGGCUGCGAGCACCACAGUCUGACUGCACAGAGCACCUUUGGAGGCAGAAGGCCCGAGUGAGACCCUGCCCCCUCCCCACCUUUAUCCAGAGAAUCUGUGUUUUGCCAAUCUGUUUUGCUUUUGAUUUCAAAAGGAGCUCUGGGGAAGCCUGUGGAUAAAACCAAAAUGCCAAGCGUUGGAUGUUAUUUUCCUUUCCUUUCCUUUCCUCUCUUUGAUUGUUUUAGUUGUUCUGUGGUGGUUUUAAUGGAUUUGAGACCCUGGGAACGGCAGCUGCCUUUCUGAUUUCCAGCUGCUUUUUGUGAAUAAUUUAAAAAGAAAAAAAAAAAAGAAACUUUCCAUUUUGGAGACAAACCUGUGUGAGUUUUUUAUUGGUACAAACGUUGUAUUUAAACACUAGGGGUUUUGUACAGUUUUUUGCCUUUUCUACUAGAAAACAAUGUAAAGUGAUUUCACAAUGUGAAGAGAAAACAUUGCCACUAUGACCAAACGUACAGUCUGUUCUGCAGCAGCAAGGGGUUCAAUCAACUCGAAGUCGUGAUUCAGUUGUAGAGAUGCUUUCCCCUUAACCUUGUUCAGGCCUUUCCUUUCUUUUCCCUGUUUUGAUUUGCAAAAGAAACCGUCUCUUUUGUGUGACAUUGUGUUGUACUCUGUAGAAAAUUAUGGAUUUUACUUUAAUCGUUAAAAAAAAAAAUCUACAAAUAAAAUAGUUUAAAAAAAAGGCGGCAGCAAGAAGAGCCCUGGUCGCAGAGCUUGUGUGGUGGGCGUAAAGAUGAAACGAUUGUUACAAGCCUGGAACAAGCGAGUAUGUGUUAAAGAAGGAGAUCUCCUUCCUUUGUGUGGUUUUCCUUUUGUCCCGAUGGGGAACCUAAACCUGUUUUAAUUGCACAGACACACGGACAAAAAGUCAUUUUGUAUCUGCCAAGUGUGGUACCUUCCUUUGUUUAUUUGCUAUUAAACUGUUUGAGAAGA